AUGAGCCAGCGGCACCGCGCGCUCCGCCGCCUCUCCGCGGCGCCCGUCCUGCUGCUGCUGCUGCUGCUGCUGCCUCGCGGUCCGGGGCGCGUCGCGGAGCUCGCGGUGGCGGCGGAGUACUCCUCCAAAAGCGACUUGGACUACGAGUUCGGGGACUACCGGGGCAAGUGGUGCAUCGACGACCACGGGUUUGUUUACGGCAUCGGAGAGGUUUACUACCCGAGCCCCACGGCGUGUCCGUGCACGUGCACCGUGGACGGUCCCGUGUGCGUCCGACCCAAGUGUCCACGCAUCCAUCCGCGGUGCACGCGGAUCAGAUAUAAGGAAUGCUGUCCGGUGUGCGAGGCUAUGUCCAGGGUCUGUGUCUACGGGGGCAAAACGUACCGGCUCCUAGAAGAAUUCAGGUUGUCCAGGUGUGAGCGAUGCCGCUGCGAGGCAAACAGGGAGGUGUACUGCAGCAUUUCGGACUGCCCCGCCCCUCACUGCGUCAACCCCACGUAUGAACCCAACCACUGCUGCCCCAUCUGUAAGACCGGUCCCAACUGCUUUGCUGGGAACAGGGUGAUCCCUGCGGGGGAGCGCGUGAUCAUCGACGAGCAGACAGUCUGCUACUGCACCUACCGGGACGGGACGUGGCACACCCAUCCCCAGGCCACCUGCGAGCAGCGCCCCCAGCCCAGCCUGACGCCCAGCGCCCGCACCGAGGCCCCCGGGGACGAGGAGAACAGGAGGAGAGGGGGGGGCCCGUUUAUUCCCAGACUGGAUGUGAUACCAUGA